AUGAAUUUUGAAUUUGAGAGGGAGAUCGGUUUUAUCAACAGCCAGCCGUCCCUAGCAGAGUGCCUGACGUCCUUCCCCGCCGUCCUGGAGUCAUUUCAAACUUCAUCAAUCAAGGAGUCGACAGUAAUUCCGCCUCCCUUCGAGCACACCAUCCCCAGCCUCAGCCCCUGCACAGCCAGCCAGCCGAGAUCGGCUACUAGGAGCCAGCAGAACCGGAGAACCUCCGCCACUAAUGGCCUCCAGACGCACCACCGAGCCGCCCAGCAGCCCUGCCCGCCCGGCCAGGCCCCUGCCCCGGUCACGGCCACCUCGGCCGGUCCGCUGGCCCACGAGUUCCCCUGGAUGAAAGAGAAGAAGUCAUCCAAGAAGUGCCCCAAGCCUGGGAACAGCUCGAGCGGUGGCGGAUCCAUCAUCCCCCCCGCCUCAUCCUCCCCGUCGCCAACCGCCUCUGGGUACGCUUCGGCGGGCAUCGAGUCACCCACAGAUCCGAGCCAGGCGGGUCUGGACGCCGGAGGAGCCGGGUCCCGCCGGCUGCGCACCGCCUACACCAACACGCAGCUGCUGGAGCUGGAGAAGGAGUUCCACUUCAACAAGUACCUCUGCCGGCCCAGGAGGGUGGAGAUCGCCGCCCUCCUGGAUCUGACCGAGCGGCAGGUCAAGGUUUGGUUCCAGAACCGGCGGAUGAAACACAAGCGGCAGACCACGCACCACCGGGACGGCGGCGGAGGAGGCCCCGAAUCCAGCGACCCGGGCGGGUUCGAGCCGCUCGAAGGCGCCGACGCCUCCUCUCCGUACUCAAGCCAGCCGCUGGAAGCAUCUGGCACCGGGGAGGCUUCAUCGGAGGGCGAGCCGGGGGGCGGCAAUCCAUCUUCGGCCGCUGCCUCCACCGCCUACACUAAUGACAGCGGGGACAAUGCACAACCCACGCCGGAGGAGGGAGGCCGUGCGAGCCGCCCCGAACGCCCACCGCUGCCCGGGGCGCCCGGCUCCUCUGACUCCGCUGCGGCGCACCACUCUCCGCCGGCCUUCAGCGAGGCCGGGCCCGCGGCGGCGGCGGCAGCGUCCGAGGCGUCGUUCCCCGAGCAGCGGGACUCCUCCGUCACCUCCGCCGCCUCGUCCGCUCCUCCGGCCGCCUCCUCCUCGUCGUCGCUCUCCGACCUGGCCUUCUUCGCCGGGGACGCCUGCCUGUCGCCCAGCCUGCAGAGCUCCCUGGACAGCCCGGUGGACUUCUCCGAGGAGGACUUCGACCUGUUCACAAGCACACUGUGCACCAUAGACCUGCAGCACCUCAACUUCUGAGGCCCGCUGCGCCGCUUCCAGAUCAGAACCGAACCCAGAGCGACGCGGAGGGACGGGCGGCCUGUGGCGAACAAUCGGCGGAGCAGACAACAAGGACGGUGUUGUUGUUCAAAGAGCAUAAAAGCUUCUCGGCAACAUUCCUGAAACAUUUCUGAAUGAAAAUUAUGUUCAUUUUUUAAAUCUAUAUUUUUCCUUCGUGCUGGUUUUUAUUUGAGGCUAUAAUGUAGUUUAAGAGACAUGCAGUUAAUUUAAUUUUCUAAUUUUAAAAAUCAAAAGGGAAUAGUUUUUUUUUUCCUCGUGGAUUUUUUUCUCUCUUC